AUGGACGUUGAAAUGUUGGCUCACUUUGAUGAGUGGCAACGCACUGGCCAGGAUAAUGUUUAUGAAGCUCAGGAUCAAUGGCCCACUGAGUUGCGUCGUUCACGUGUAAUUUCAGCAGUUGAUUAUGUGCAGGCACAAAGGGCACGGAGAAAAUUAAUUGAGGAAGUUAAAAACAGUUUCACAGUCGACGCAUUCAUUGGCAACGCAACUGACUGGGAAAAAGUUUGCUUGGGGAAUCUUGUAGGUCUGCCAGUAGUUGUUGUUCCAACUGGAUUUAAAAAUAUAUCUAAUCCACCUUCAAAGGAAAGUCGGAGGAGAACCACUAUGAACACUGGCAUUUAUGCUCGUCCUGACCAUGAUCACAUUGCUCUGGCAUUAGCAAUAGCUUACCAGUCAGUCACUGAUCACCAUAAGCAGCGCCCACCAAUAGACGAUCUUGGGCCAAAUGACAAGAUACCUGAUCCACCUAAAGUCGUUAUCCCUCCCAGAAGGUUGCAUCCAUAA